AUGCGUGUCUCUCUGUGUGUCUCUCUGUUGGCCGGGGUGAUCGCCCUCGUCAACCAGCCUUUGGUAUCCGCCGUCCAACUAUAUUGUGCCUCAUCGAAUACUGGAGCCAGCUAUGAUGCGGUCUCCAAUAUUUACCAAUCCAACGGUGCUUGCAUGAAGACCUGUGGAAACUACGCCUUCGGAAUUCUCCAGGAAAGAAAUGUCGAUGUAUCCAAGUGCAAUUCAGCGUGCGCUGGUUACCCGAGUGACCUCUGUGGUAACACUGUGGAGAACUUAUUUGGAUAUGUGGAUGCUGGGAACAGCCCAACCAGCACUGCCGGUGGAUCGAGCACGACUUCCUCGGAGACCACAAAAUCAUCGUCGGUGACUACGAGCUCAUCAUCGUCAACAACUGUAUCGUCGGAAUCAUCCCCGAGUACCCGACCCCUUACUAAUCUCCCGUUACAGUCCGAGUCAACCAGCACCACUAGCCAAGUCGCCCUCACGACCUCUUCGGAUGGCGAAGUGAAAACAAUCACUGUAGCGGACCCAGGACCAACCUCGGGCUCGGACGGCAAGUCACUCAGCGCAACUCAAGACGACAAAGGCUCUUCCCUGAGUGGUGGCAGCAUCGCCGGGAUUGUCAUCGGGGUGAUUGCAGGUCUGGCGCUGAUAGGCGCGCUGGUCUUCCUUGUCUUCUUCUAUCGCAAGCGUGCGCGCUCCGCAAGCCCCAGCCCCAGCCAAGACAUGGGCCAGCGUGAAAGUCGUGCUUCUAGCUUCUUCGGCGGAGGUGGCUUCCCCGGGGGAAGUCUGCAGCGUAAUCCCACCUUCACUGAUAACCGCUUGCGAACCGACCAGGUUCUCUAUCCCAAUGGCCCGAGAGAUAGCAGUGUUUCUCUUCAAGACGACCAGGACUAUUCUCGGCCUGUUCUUCGAGUAAGUCACCACCAGCCGAGACUAAUUUCUAUGUACGCUAACCAAGCCGAAAAGCUUGCCAACCCCGACGAAUAA